AUGGCCUCGUCUCAAGGGAAGAACGAGCUGAAAUUCGCCGACUGGAUGGCAACUCUGCCGGAGAGCAUCCACAGCAUACCCCUCACCAAUUUAGCCAUCCCAGGAUCUCAUGACUCCUUCAGCUUCUACAUUGAUGAAGCCUCUCCAGUGGGGCCUGAACAGCCAGAAACUGUCCAGAAUUUUGUCUCUGUGUUUGGAACUGUGGCCAAAAAGCUGAUGCGAAAGUGGCUAGCCACUCAAACCAUGAACUUUACCGGUCAGCUGGGAGCUGGGAUUCGUUACUUUGAUCUUCGAAUUUCCACCAAGCCCAGAGACCCCGACAAUGAACUCUACUUUGCUCAUGGUUUGUUCAGUGCCAAAGUCAAUGAAGGUCUUGAGGAGAUCAAUGCAUUCCUCACAGAUCACCAUAAGGAGGUAGUAUUCUUGGACUUCAACCACUUUUAUGGGAUGCAGAAAUAUCACCAUGAAAAACUGGUCCAAAUGCUGAAAGACAUCUAUGGAAAUAAAAUGUGCCCAGCGAUCUUUGCCCAGGAAGUGAGUCUGAAGUACCUGUGGGAGAAGGACUACCAAGUGCUGGUCUUCUACCACAGUCCAGUGGCUCUGGAAGUGCCCUUUCUCUGGCCUGGGCAGAUGAUGCCAGCACCCUGGGCCAACACCACAGACCCAGAAAAAUUGAUCCAGUUUCUUCAGGCAUCCAUCACCGAGAGAAGGAAGAAGGGAUCGUUUUUCAUAUCUCAGGUGGUGCUGACUCCCAAAGCAAGCACCGUGGUCAAAGGGGUGGCCAGUGGUCUCAGAGAAACUAUCACAGAAAGAGCUCUUCCUGCCAUGAUGCAGUGGGUCCGCACACAGAAGCCAGGAGAGAGUGGCAUCAAUAUUGUCACUGCCGACUUUGUAGAACUUGGUGAUUUCAUCAGCACUGUCAUAAAGCUCAACUAUGUCUUUGAUGAAGGGGAAGCCAACACUUGA